AUGAAGUACCCAUUGUUACUGAUUGCAGUGGCCUCGCUGAGAGCUGCGGAGGCAUUCAGCACCAAAAUUAGGCACAGAGGCUCCGAAUCGCAAUACGAGCUCAACGAAGAUGUGCACACUAACGUGGAAGGCCUGUCUACGGACAGCUUUAUUGCCCACUUCGGCGGAGAUGUGGCGGCGCUUGUUGGCGGACUCGUCCAGGAUGACAAUGCGGAGGCGGUGCUGAGCUCGCCGCUCAACUUCUUCUACAGCCGCAAAAGCGAGGGAGCGUCUACUAUGCAGCCAUCCAACAAAGACAUUCAAAAGACCGUGGCGGAGUGCGUUCUGACUCACCACGAAGCCACCGGACCCAAGUCGAGGAAGAUAUACCUCUCCUUGAAGGACGCUGAGGAAUACGGCAAGCGAAUAGAGCACGCCAAAGCGCGUGUUAGGUCGGAAACUGGAAUGGUCACGCCAGCAAGGUCAGAACAGAGCGCCUCCAGGGGGACCAUGGACCUUGAAUGCAAGUCCGUCAUCGUCGAGGACGAUGCCAAGAAAUGCAACGUAUGCCUGUACGCGGAGAUUCUGGUGCCCAACAAACACGUCAGAUACGGGCAUAUUGGAAAGUCCAGCAUACUGGAGUGUCUCAACGGUUACGACACCGAACUCGGCAGAAACAGCUCGAGCAGGACCUACUUCAUCAACGCACCGACCAGGUACCACCCGGUCUGCAUAGCGUCCUGA